AUGGCUGCAGCAAAGAUUGACGGAACGGCGAUUGCCCGGAAGGUGCGCGAGGGCCUGCGCGCCGAGAUUGAAGAGAAGAAGGGUGUCAACCCACGGUUUCAACCGUCCCUCAAGAUCAUCCAAGUGGGUGACCGAUCCGAUUCAUCCACUUAUGUGCGCAUGAAGUUGAAGGCCGCCGAGGAGUGCGGCAUUGCCUGCGAGCUGAUCAAGUUUGACGAGUCCGCCACCGAGGCGGAGCUCAUCUCCCGUGUCGUCGCCCUGAACAACGACCCAGCAGUGCACGGCAUACUUGUGCAGUUGCCCCUACCAAAGCACGUUUCCGAGUACAAUGUCACCUCAGCCGUGGCUGGCGAGAAGGAUGUCGACGGCUUCGGCACCCACAACAUCGGCGAGCUAGCCAAACGUGGGGGCCGCCCCUUUUUCGUCCCUUGCACCCCCAAGGGCGUCAUGGUACUUCUCCGGGAGGCGGGCAUUGAACUGGCUGGCAAGAACGCCGUGGUUCUAGGCAGAAGCGACAUUGUCGGCAGCCCCGUCAGCUAUCUCCUGAAGAAUGCCGAUGCCACGGUUACCGUCUGCCACUCCAAGACUAAAGACUUGGACCAGUACCUCAAGAAUGCCGAUGUGCUCGUCGUUGCCAUCGGGCAACCGGGCUUUGUCAAGGGCGAGCAGCUCAAGCCUGGGGCCGUCGUCAUUGACGUGGGAACCAACUACCUCCCCGAUGCCACCAAAAAGUCGGGUCAGCGUCUGGUGGGUGACGUCGAUUUUGAGUCGGCUUCCCAAGUCGCUUCCCACAUCACCCCUGUUCCCGGAGGCGUGGGCCCCAUGACCGUCGCCAUGCUUCUUCAGAACGUUGUCGAUGCUGCGACGCAGUCGUUCGAAGUGGAAAAGCAGAGGCACAUUGUGCCCCUGCACCUUAAGCUCCUUGACCCUGUUCCGUCCGACAUUGCCAUUUCCCGGGCGCAGGCGCCUAAGCCCGUCACCCAGAUUGCCAAGGAGAUCGGUAUCACGCCCUCCGAGUUGGAACCGUACGGCGCGUACAAGGCCAAGGUCGAUCUCGAUCUGCUGAAGCGCCUCGGUCAUCGUCGGGAUGGCCGCUAUGUCGUUGUCACGGGGAUUACUCCUACACCUCUAGGUGAGGGUAAGUCGACGACGACAAUGGGUCUUGCCCAGGCCUUGGGCGCGCAUGUCGGCCGGGUCACAUUUGCCAACGUGCGGCAGCCUAGCCAGGGCCCGACCUUCGGAAUCAAGGGCGGCGCCGCUGGCGGUGGUUACAGCCAGGUUAUCCCUAUGGAUGAGUUCAACCUGCAUUUGACCGGUGACAUCCACGCCAUCACUGCUGCGAACAACCUGCUCGCCGCCGCCAUCGAUACCCGCAUGUUCCACGAAAGCACUCAGAAAGACACCGCUCUUUACAGGAGGCUGGUCCCUGCCAAGGGUGGCAAGCGAGCGUUUUCGCCCGUCAUGCUUCGCCGCUUGAAAAAGUUGGGCAUUGACAAGACGGAUCCAGACUCGUUGACCGCAGACGAGAUCACUCGCUUUGCUCGUCUGGAUAUUGACCCGGAGACCAUCACUUGGCGCCGCGUUCUGGAUGUCAACGACCGCCACCUACGCGGCAUUAUCAUCGGAAAUGCGCCGACUGAAAAGGGCCACAGCCGCCAGACUGGUUUCGAUAUUUCUGUGGCCAGCGAGUGCAUGGCCAUUCUAGCCUUGAGUACCAGCCUGGGUGACAUGCGAGAGCGUCUCGGCAGGAUGGUCAUUGCCAGUUCGAGAAACGGCGACCCUGUCACCUGCGACGACAUCGGUGCUGGUGGUGCACUCACAGCUCUGAUGAGGGACGCCAUCAAGCCGAACCUGAUGCAGAGCUUGGAAGGCACUCCCGUCUUCGUGCACGCGGGCCCCUUCGCCAACAUCAGCAUUGGUAACAGCUCUAUCCUGGCUGACAAGAUGGCCUUGAAACUUACAGGCACGGAGCCGGGUGAGGACCACGCAGCCAAGGCCGGCUUUGUUGUCACCGAGGCUGGUUUCGACUUCACCAUGGGUGGUGAGCGCUUCUUCAAUAUCAAGUGCCGUACUUCAGGUCUGAUCCCGGACGUGGUCGUCGUGGUCGCCACCAUCCGCGCCCUCAAGGUUCAUGGAGGCGGCCCGCCUAUCUCGCCCGGCGCUCCACUCGAUGCCGUAUACCGGGAGGAGAACGUCGAUGUGCUGCGCAAGGGCUGUGUUAACCUAGCGAAGCAUGUCGCCAACGCUAGGUCAUACGGUGUGCCGGUCCUAGUCGCCAUCAACAAGUUUUCUACCGACACGCAAGCUGAGAUCGACGUCGUCCGUGAAGAAGCCAUCAAGGCUGGCGCAGCAGAUGCUGUCCUGGCUAAUCAUUGGGCUGAAGGUGGGAAGGGCGCUGUUGACCUUGCCAACGCCGUUGUCACCGCCGCCGAGAUGCCCAAGGAUUUCAAACUGCUGUAUAACCUCGAAGGCACCGUGCAGGAGCGCAUCGGGAAGAUUGCCCGUGACAUGUACGGCGCCGCCGCUGUCGAGUUCAGUGAGCUCGCGCAGAAGAAGGUUGAUACCUACACGCGCCAGGGCUUUGGCAAUCUGCCGAUUUGCAUCGCUAAGACGCAGUACUCGAUUAGCCACGAUCCCGAACUCAAGGGUGCCCCGACUGGCUUCACGGUACCUAUUCGGGACGUACGCAUGGCCGCCGGCGCCGGCUACCUUUACGCUCUGGCUGCUGACAUUCAGACCAUCCCUGGCUUACCUACUGCUCCUGGCUACCUCAAUGUCGAUGUUGAUGUCGAGACGGGUGAGAUCGACGGCUUGUUCUAG